GAUGAUAUAAUAAGACAAAAAUGUACGAAAUUUGACAAAUCCGUGCAUCACACGGGCUCUAGCGGUAGUAAUCUAUAAGUAUGCUAUAUUCCUCUCUUUUGCUGGACAUUUCUAGUUUCCUGUGAAAGACGCGACGGCGCAGCCUGAAAAUCCUCUAAGACGGUUAUUCUUUUGGAAGACAGGAGGAGUUGACUCCGACGCCGGUGAGCAACCGUAUGAUCAAGCAGCAACAACAGCAGCAUCAGCUCACCAAAAGGUUUUUUAUACUAUUGGUGGGCAAUUAUAAAAAGAUUUAGCUGAGGAGAAUGUAGCAAAAUUUGUUGCCAAUCAGCUUCUUCUGGGUUAUCAUUGAUGCUGGUUCAUUUCACCUGUUUCUGAAACUAAUUUUCUCCCUAUCGCGUGCCGCAUUCUCCUACAUGGUUAUCUCCUAGAGGGCGGUUAAUAUUACGGAUUGAGAUAUGUAUUCCUAGGAAGUGGUAACAAGAUAUCACACAUACUGAAGUGGAGCAAAAUCAGUUGCUGAAAUUGGAAACUCAAGGAAGAGCCUCAAAAUCAUUUGAACCUUGGAGAAUUUGAUGUUUCGUUCUUUACUUACAUCUCUAAAGGAAUGCAUUAGUCAUGGUGAUCUUGCUAAAGCCUUUAGAACCUUCUCUUUGAUCCAGCUUCAUGUCACUGCUUCUGCUUCUCAUGAUCAAAUCUUAGAGCCGAUUAAUUCCCUACUAGGAGCUUGUUCAAAACUUAAGUCACUCCAACAAGGCAGGCAGGUGCAUUCCCAGAUCAUAAGUUUGGGUCUGGAUCAACAUAGUCUAUUGUUGCCUAAGCUUGUCACUUUAUACUCGACUUUUGAUCUAUUGCCUGACGCACAUUUGAUAGCUGUGAAAUCUAGUGUGUUGGAUCCUUUGGUUUGGAAUAUCCUUAUAUCUGCAUAUGUAAGAAACGGGCUCUCAAGUGAGGCUCUGUCUAAUUACAGACAAAUGUUGAAUUUGGGGAUCAGACCGGAUGAGUUUUCCUAUCCAUCUGUGCUAAAGGCAUGCGGUGAACAAUUAAAUCUUGGUUUUGGUAAAGAAGUUCAUAGCUCUAUUCUGGUCAGCAACUGUGGUGGGUCAACGUGUGUUCAAAAUGCAUUGAUCUCCAUGUAUGGAAAAUGUGGAGAUAUUGAAGUUGCUCGUUUCCUGUUUAAUAAGUUGCCUAAUAAGGAUGCAUUUUCAUGGAAUUCUAUGAUUUCCGGAUAUGCUUUUAAGAGUAUGUGGGAAGAAGCAUUUGUGCUGUUUGAUAAAAUGCUGAUUGAGGGUGUUGAAUUGAACAUUAUAACAUGGAACACCAUUAUUGGUGGGUGUUUGCGAACUGGAAAUUACGUGAGAGCACUAGAUUUGCUUUCUCAAAUGAGAGUCUGCGCCGUUAAGUUGGAUGCAGUUACAAUGGCCAGUGGGCUGAGCGCUUGCUCUCAUACAGGAGCUAUAAAAGUAGGGAAGGAGAUGCAUGCAUUUACUAUUCGUGGUGGUUGUGUUAAAUUUCUGAAUGUUCAGAAUGCAUUGAUAACCAUGUAUUCCUGGUGUCAUGACCACAGAUAUGCAAAUAUUGUAUUCCUACAAAUGAAAGAAAAGGAUAUAAUUUCUUGGAAUACUAUAAUCUCAGGUUAUGCACGUUACGGAAAAUAUGAGGAAACCUCCUUUCUGUUUAGACAGAUGUUGCUUUGUGGCUUUCGGCCAAAUUAUGUUACUAUAGCGAGCAUUCUUCCCUUGUGUGCUCGAGUAGCGAAUCUGCAACAUGGAAAAGAACUCCACUGCUACAUUAUCAAGCAUCAAGAAUUCAGUGAGUAUUUGCUAUCAUGGAAUGCUUUAGUGGAGAUGUAUGCUAGAGCAGCAAAAAUUUCAGAGGCCCAAACAGUAUUUGAUUUGUUGAGUAGGAAGGAUGUCAUCACAUAUACUUCUUUAAUAACUGGCUAUGGUAUUCUAGGAGAAGGAGAAGUUGCAUUGAAACUAUUUGAGGAGAUGAAUAGUUCUGGAAUCAAGCCUGAUAUCAUUAAUUUGGUUGCAAUUUUAUCAGCAUGUAGCCACUCGGGUCUUGUGAUUCAGGGUCAGUUGCUGUUUGGAAAAAUGUGGAGUGCGUAUGGCUUAAGACCCCGCUUGGAGCACUAUGCAUGCAUGGUGGACCUCUUUGGUAGGGCUGGAUUGCUUAAGAAAGCAGCAGAGAUCAUUGGAAGGAUGCCUUAUGAACCAAAUGCUGAUAUAUGGGCUACCCUAAUAGGAGCAUGUCAAAUCCAUCGGAACAUAGAUUUAGGAGAUUGGGCAGCUGAGAAGUUGUUGGAAUUGAUGCCGAGAAAUCCAGGGUACUAUGUGUUGAUUUCUAACAUGUACGCUGCUGCUGGUUGUUGGGACAAGCUGGCAAAAGUUCGGACGUUUAUGAGGGAAUUGGGGGUGCUAAAGCCCCCAGGUUGUGCUUGGGUCGAUAUAGGAAGUGGUUUUGAACCAUUCUUGGUAGGGGAUCCAUCCAUGGAACUAUCACAUGAGAUAUAUCCCAUACUGGAAGGAUUGUUUGAGCAUAUGAAAGAUACUGGAUAUAUUGAUGUGUUUGUUAUAGAUCAUGAGGAUUUUGUGGAGUAAGGUUAAAGUGUUACCAGUGUCUAAGGGUUUGGUCAAUCAUUUGUGGAAUUUACGGAGUAUUUGGUGCUCGAGCUGAGGAAACAAACCAUCAUUGUGUCACACAGAAGACAUCCAGUAGAUGUUGCAUCGGAAAUGGAUAGGUGCAGGCUCUUGCAUUGCUUCCUUCAUUCCUUGGCAGGCAAAAAGGUUGAAGGGGACCAUAUCAUCUCAUUUUCAAGAAGAAGAGCUUCUGGAAGGGGCACAAAAGUGUGGCUGAGGUCUACCAUCUGCUCCUAUUACAGAUAGAUCGGUGACCCGUAUGUCUGCCUAAUGAAAAGGAGGCGCUCCAAAAUCCAUCUGCUAUGGGGAAAAAGAGUGAUGAUAUAUAGUAACGGUUUUAAGAAACCUUACAGUGGUUCAAAGGAAAAUUGCUGAUUUAGAAGUAGAUCGAAUUGCGAGGGAGAAAGGUCAGAAGCUGCUGGUUCACCUCUGCUACCUCUUUCAUCCAAAGACAUGCUUGAGAAAAUCUUGGAAAUAAGCAAGAAAGCAAGAAAGAGCCAAUCUUUCAACAAAUAUCCUCAUCACACGGGUGAAUGACGUAGAAAAUUUAUGUUCCCUCGGUCUCUUCGGCAUCCACUGGUUCCUCUAGGUCUACGGUUGUUUUGAGUUUGCCGGAUAGAACAUAUGCAUGGCUUCUUUCAAGAUUAGUAGAAGAUGAGAAAGGAAAUCCUUACUUACCGAAUGAGGAAACACAAAAGGUCAAGGAAUCUAUUGUAAGUCAUGGCUAAAUCAUUCUUUUUUUUAGUUGCAGUUCUAGCUUGACUAAACUCGAUCAUUUCAGUUUUGUGCAGUAUGUUCUGUGCAGAUCAGUUCUGUGUAGGAAUUAAAUUGGUAGAUCUUUUAGCCCCUUAUCGUUGUGGGGGAAAAUUCAGACUAUUUGGGGGAGCGGGAGUGGAUAAAGUUAUGUUAUGUUCAGAGCAGUUAUGUACAGAUCAAUUCGGUUAUGUGCAGAUCGUUUGUUGUUCAGUUCAGUUUUAUUUUGUGCAGUCAGUUCAGUUCGAUCAGUUCAGUUCUGUGUAGUUUGUUCUGUGUAGAUCAGUUCAGUUUUGUGCACUAUGUUAUGUAUGUGCAGAUCGGUUGUUGUUCUGUUUAGAUCAGUUAUGUGCAGAUCAAUUAUGUUCUGUUUAGAUGUGCAGAUCGGUUGUUGUUCUGUUCAGAUCAGUUUUGUGCAGAUCAUGCCAUUUUUGUUCUGUACCGAUCUUUCUGUGUAGAUCGGUUGCUAUUUUGUUCAGAUCACUUCUGUGCCGAUCAGUUCUGUUCUAUACAGAUCUGUUAUUUUCAGAUCAGGUUGAAUGGAAGAAGAAAAAAUAUGAAGGGAUAUUUGUUCCUAAUCGGUUUGAUGAUUUUUUAUUUCGUGCACUUGGUAAGACUCACAAUAGGAGACCAAUUACAUUUGGAAGUGGAGUAUGCAUCCAAUCUUUGUGCAGGACUAGAGAGCGGUGUAGUUCUCGAUGGUUUGAAGAUGAAGAGAUGGAGGAAAUGGAAGCAAGAGUAACCCAAAGGGUUAGAGACGAGACAAUACAAGAGAUGAACUCCAAGAUGGAUGCCAUGGUUAAGGAGAAAUUUAUCACAUUUGCUAAAAAACUAGGUAUCUAACUACCAAGUCAUAUGAGGAUGGAGGAUGAUCCUAGUAGUUGUCAAGCUGGGGGUUUUGAUCCAUUUGCAAACAUUCAAGUACAUGAUGAUUUGUGUCUUUCAAACAAUUUGUUUUUUAGUUAAUUUUAUUGAACUUUUCUAACAUGUUACAUAAUAUUUGUGCUAUUCAAAUAAAUAAUAAGGAACAUGUCCCGUGCCGGCUAUUCUUGUUCAUGAACUCCGAGAAAGUCUUUGUUGCAUUUAGGACCAUACAUCCGGAGUUGACUCGUGAUCACCAUAAGAACCUCAAUCCCGAUAACGUGAAGGUGAGCGUUGAUGAAUUUGAGCCCGCGUAUUAACAAGCUUCAGUCAGUGCCCAAAGCUUUUGGUUUCACUCAGUGAGCCUUCUCAAUGUAUAAAGAAACUUGGACAAGCUCAUGGUACUUUCACUCAGUGGCCAAAGCAUUUGGUUUCGCUUAUUGAUGAGGCAAACGAGCCUACAAGCAAAGAGCUGAAUGGGAAAGAGCCUACAAGAAAGAGCCUUGUUGGUGAUGGGCUUUGUGACUCGCGCUGGCUUGUGGUGCCUCAUGGGCUUGCUCGUCGAGCGAUGGGCUGGCCCUCUUGUUGGCCUGUCGCUCGUCGUUCUUCUCAUUCGUUUUCCAAUCCCAUAACUUAUAUCCGAUUUCGACAAUAUUUCAAAUUUUGAUAAUUUUUCUGAUUUCGACAAUAUUUCCGAUUUCGAUAAUAUUUCCGUUUCCGGCAAUAUUUCCGAUUCGGAA